AUGGUGGUCCAUGAGCAGCUUCAUGACAGGGAGAGGCUUUACAAGUGCUUGGAGGGUGGGAAGAGGAGCAGAUUCAACCUGAUCCGCCACCAGAGGAUCCACACUGGGGAGAGGCCCUACGAGUGUCCCAAGUGCCAGAAGAGGUUUUGGACCAGUUCCACUUUCCUCCUGCAUGAGCGGAUUCACUCAGAGGAGAGGCCCUUCCGCUGCCAUGACUGUGGGAAGGGCUUCAAGCAAAACUCCACCCUCAUCACCCACUGCCGCAUCCACAUUGGGGAGAGGCCCUACGAGUGUCCCCACGCGGACCCCGGCCCCGCGGCUCCCGGGUCGCGUUCCAAAGAGCGAACGCCGGGGGAUGGCCGGGCCGGGGCGGGUGAGGGGCGCUCGGGGCCCGUUUCUGGCCCCGGGCCGAGCGCUGACAGCCGCGUCCCGCCCGCAGGGAAGGCGCAGGAGUCCCUGCAGGAGCGGUACCGGCUGGGUUCCCUGCUGGGGCGUGGAGGAUUCGGCAGCGUCUGGUCGGGGAUGCGGCUCUCGGACGGCGCCCCGGUGGCCAUCAAAAGGGUGCCACGGAACCGCAUCUGGCACUGGAGCGAGCUGCCCGACGGCACCAGUGCUCCCCUGGAGAUUGUCCUGCUGGACAAGGUGUCCACUGGCUUCCCCGGUGUCAUCCAGCUGCUGGAGUGGCUUGAGCUCCCCAGCGACAUUGUCAUGGUGCUGGAGCGGCCAGAGCAGUCUCAGGACCUCCUGCAUUUCAUUCAAGGACGGGGGUUCCUGCGCGAGGAGGUGGCGCGGCAGCUGUUCCGGCAGGUGCUGGAGGCCGUGCGGCACUGCACCAGCUGCGGGGUCCUGCACCGCGACAUCAAACCAGAGAACAUCCUGGUUGACCUGGCCACCGGGCAGGCCAAAUUGAUUGACUUUGGCUGUGGCACCUACCUGCAAGAGACAGCCUACACUCACUUUGCAGGAACACCAUCAUACAGCCCCCCGGAAUGGACCCGCUUUGGCUGGUACCAUGGCGAGCCAGCUACCAUCUGGUCCCUGGGCAUCCUGCUGCACGAGAUGGUCUGCGGGAAGAUG